AUGGCCGCGGAGGGCCUUCCUUCCGGCCAAGCUGCCACGCCAACCGAAAUGGAACAGGAUUCAACGGGUAUGUCGAGCUCCUCAAGCACCAUAUCCUACUACAAAAGUAUCUCUGAUGAUCAAGAUAUGAAUUCAGAGCCAUAUCAAAUGGUCCUGGGCAGAAAGAGACGCAAACCAUCUACUAGCUCAGACUGCAGCAGUAAGACAGUCAAAACCAUGACCCAGGCUCAUCCCCGCCUUACAGUGAUAAUCAAGCCCAAAGACCCAGUAAGCAUGAUUGCAACAAUUAACCCGAUGAAGAUUACAGAGAAACUUGAAAUGACUGCUUCAGAUGGGGUCAUCUUGGUUAGGCCCAAUCGAAGACUCAACGUGCUGGCGAUUGGCACAAGAAACACUGAAGCCACGAAAGCGCUUCUUGGACUCACCUCAUUAGGUGGAAUACCUGUCAUCGCUUAUGAACCACUUCCACGGGAAUCGGCGGCCGGAGUGAUCUACCAGGUACCAGCAGACAUUACCGAAGCCGAGCUACAAUCGGUAGUCCGUGCAACUGCACCCGUCAUUUCCAUUUCUCGACUGGGUAAAUCUGAGUCUGUCAAAGUCGUCUUCAGCACGGACACACUACCAGAAUAUGUCACCGUGGGAUACACAAGGUUCAAGUUGCAGCCGUACAUAGAGAAACCACGUCAGUGCUGGAAAUGCGGUCGUUUUGGACAUGUCCAAACCGCCUGCACAAAUGGCGUGCGCUCCACUCGCUGUGGAGGAGCACACGACCGUAUGAAGUGUGAAGCGGCUGAGCUGCUCUGCACAAAUUGCGGUAAAGCACAUGACUCGACAUCGCAUCUGUGCCCUGUGUACCAAAGGGAAAAGAAAAUAUAUCAGUACAAGAGCGAAGCUAAAGUUGGGUACACAACAGCAAAAGCGGCCCUACUGUCAUCGAAGGAGAAAGUGCCCCAAGGUCGCUCUAAAACAGAUGGUACAAAAACGAAACAAGACCUGGCAGCUCACCAACUUCUACAGGAGGGAAUUCAAGAUCCACAACCCUCCUCGUCAACACAGCUGCCAAACGCUAGACAAAUCCAAACACAUGUGAAGCCAAGAGACGCCCAAGUAUCCACCUUGGAGUUGAAGAAUGAAAACGAAUUUCCCAGACUCCCCAAUUCAGCUUCGAAAUCUGAUGUAGAAGUCAAAGAAAACAGGCAACCCAGGCAGGACAAAUCCAAGGCACCAGCCAAAGAUCAACAGUCUAUUACUGGGGAAAAGCUUCAAACAAUCGUCAAUGUCAUCCGUAGUACCCUUUGCACAUGGGAGUCUCCCCUAUCCCAAGCACUACUAACUGUGAUCGAUGCAAUACUUCCACUUAUCAAGCUAUGGUCUCGUUAG